CAGCCAAAGAGAAAAGUGUUCCUCCACAUCACAGAAGUGCUUUUUAUUUCACACCAUUCAGGAUGCCGAUGUGCCGCCUGCUGUGCAGCUUCUUCUUGGCCCUUAUAAUACUGAGCAGCAUCCCGGCUAGUGUGGAUGGAUGUGAUUAUGCUCAGUCCAUUUGCGGUGCCCAAGCUCCUGGUGAUGUUGUGAUUGGUAUGAUGUUACCAUGUCAUCGUAAAGUGUCUCUUCAAGAACGGAUUAGACCUGAAAGCUUCCAGUGCUCUGAUUUUGAUCUGGUGUCGUUUAUGAGAUCCUUGGCUAUAAUCCACGAAAUUGAUGAGAUAAAUGCAGCUGGCUUCCUCCCAGGAGUGCGUCUUGGAUAUCUGAUGUGUGACACGUGCUCCUUUGCAAGCAAGGCGUUGGGGAAUGUGGAGCACAUGCUCGAAAGCAACAAGACUUUAAAUGUGAAGUGCAACUACACUGACUUCAGGCCCAAAGUCAAGAUUAUUUUAGGAGCUUCAAACUCUGAUGUGUCCAUCGCUUUGGCUGGCCUGCUAAAUGUGUACAUGGUCCCUCUACUGAGCAGCACAUCAUCUGCAGCCAAACUGAGUGAUAAGUUACGCUUCCCAUCUUUCAUGCGCACUAUUCCGAGUGACAAGCAUCAGACCAAAGCAGUGGCCAAAAUGAUGAAGCACUAUGACUGGAACUGGGUCGGGGUUGUGUAUGGGGAUGAUGAAUACGGGAAAGCAGCUUUCCAGAGCUUCCUCACAGAUGCUGAGGCAAAUAAUGUGUGCUUGGCCUACCAGGAGGUUUUGCCUCAUUACCUUGAUAAUUUACAGACCAUGCAACGUAUUGAGCAAGUCGCCGCGCAGAUCCGCUCCUCUAAUGCCCAGGUGGUACUGCUAAUCCUUAAAUCAGAUCUGGUGGAGGGCCUUUUUAAGGAAAUGAUCAGGACCAACACAUCAAGGAUUUGGAUUGCCAGUGAUGCCUGGUCCAGGAGCAUUUCCAUUGCCCGAAUGGAUAGCAUCAACAAGGUUGGGGACAUCUUGGGCUUCACGUUUCUUUCAGGCAAGAGUGAUUCAUUUGAAAAAUAUCUCAAGAAUCUGACAGCAACCCCAGGAGGAUACAACUACUUCAUUGAAGAAUACAAGAACCUGAGAUUCAACUGCACCUCAGAAUGUGACUCCAAAACACCUCCAUCCUAUUGUUCCAUACCUGAUCUCAGGAAAAUUCAAUCUGGCAAUGCAUGCAAUUUCACGGAUCCCCAAGAGCAAAAUGAUGACUAUCUUGUAAAUGCUCUGGAUACAAGUCAAGCCUUCCUUCACAAAGUAGCUGUGCAGGCUGUAGCAAAUGCCCUCAAAAAGCUACUGAAGUGCAACAGUUCAUUAUGCUUAGGAGAAAUAAACUUCCCACCAUGGAAGCUUCUUGAAGAACUGAAGAAAGUUAAAUUCGAGUAUGACAACCAGACUUUCUUUUUUGAUCCAAAUGGUGAUUUUGAAAAUCUUUAUGAGCUGAUCAUGUGGAAAACGGAUGGGGAAUAUAGAAAAUUUCAAAGGAUUGGGAAGUACAAUGUAACUUAUGGAAACGUUGAAGUGAAGACAGACAUCAUCUGGCUUUCAACAGCCAAUACCACGAUCCCUCAGUCUAGAUGCUCACAGCGCUGUGCCCCUGGCUCAGUAAAAAAGAUCUUCAACACAUCCUGCUGUUACAGCUGCAUCCCAUGUGUGGAGGGGACUUAUUCAGAUGAACCGGAUCUUCAAAACUGCAAAACCUGUCCCAAUGGAACCUGGUCUCUCAAGAAUUGGAGUGAGUGCAAGCCAAGAACAGAGUCUUACAUGAAAUGGAGCGAUCCUCACCCAAUCGUCAUGAUGGCUGCAGCAGCCUUUGGUAUCUUGCUCUUGUUGGUUACCUUCAUUAUCUUUUUAGUGUACAGAGAUUCCCCACCUAUGAAAAGAGCUGAGGUGAGAUUGUCCUGUGUGAUGAUGGCUGGUCUAUCAGUGAGCUUUGCAAGUGUCAUAUGCUUCAUGGGCAAGCCAAGUGUACAUUUCUGCCGUGCCCGCCAGGUAAUGUAUGCUAUGGGCUUCACCCUGUGUGUGUCUUGCAUCCUAGUCAAGGCCUAUCGUACUUUCCUGGCUUUCCUUCCCUUUGGUCAGCUGACAAGUCGGCAACUACACAAACUUUACCAUCCACCUGCAAUUGUCAUCAUCAUAACUACUCUCCAGGGGAUCAUCUGUCUUCUCUGGCUGAUCUUUGAUUCUCCCGAUAUUGAUGACACACCUCCACCUCCACAAAGCAUGACAAUACUAGUCCACUGUGAUGAAGGUAACACAUAUAUAGGUUUUGGCAUUAUGUUGAGCUACAUAGCUCUGUUAUCAUUGAUUUGCUUCCUCUUGGCCAUCAAAGGCAGGAAGGUUCCACAGGAGGUCAGUGAAACAGGCUACAUAAUCUUUAGCAUGCUAAUGUACUUGUUUGUGUGGGUGUGUUUCAUCCCAGUCUAUAUCACCAACAGUGAAAAUGGCACUCCUGUGCAGGCUUCAGCCAUUCUAGUGUCCAGCUAUGGCAUCAUCUUCUGCCAUUUUUUACCCAAGUGCUAUGAAGCACUUUGGGGGUCAAAGACAGACACAAUGGAGAAGAUUUUAAGAAAAUGGCAUGUCAUCCGCAGUCCAAAUCUUGAUUCUGUGACAGAGAUAGAUAUAGAUAUCCCUGGAAAGAAUACAUACUCACAAAAGAGUGACAGAUUUUCCAUAUCAAGUACAUCAACUAUAUUGAGGAGCUCAGGGACACCAAGCGAGAUCAGCCAUACUGAUUCAGUGCUGGACAUAAUGGAUAUGUCCAAUGAAAAGAUUAAUGCCUAUCUUAGGCUAAGAACAAACAUUAGGAAACGCUGUAUAUCCUUCUGAAAAUUGUUCCAGUGAAAUUGUAUUGCACUGAUAUUCAGUUAUACUCUCUCUUCUAUUCUAUUAAAAUAUUUUAAUAUUGAAGAAGUUGUUUUUCAACCUUUUCUCGUCACUAAACAGUUUUAAUGUCUUCCAGUCAGGUUUUUCGACCACACCAUAUCACUGAGACUGCCGUUAAAGUCUUCAACGACACCACUGAAAUACAGACAGUGGCAACAUUUCAGUCUUCGUAUUACAUGAUCUCAGUGCUGCAUUUGACCCCAAAAUAAUAAUAGACCUAUUGGAAAACUGGGUUGGACUUUCUGGCACAUCACUAAACUGGUUUAAAUCCUACUUGAAGAACAGGGACUACUUCGUGUCUACAGGUAAUUACACAUCUGAGGAGACAAAAAUGACAUGCAGAGUUCCCCAAGGCUUCAUUCAUAGGCCUCUUCUGUUUGACAUUUACAUGCUUCCACUAGCUUGGAUGAUGGAAAACAACAAAAUAAGACACAUAUUUACAUAACCAUAUCACUAGGAGACUAUGGUCCAGUGCAAACACUGAGUAUGUGUAUUGAACAGAUUAACAAUUGGAUUUGCCAGAAUUAAAGACAAAACUGAGGUAGUUGUUUUUUUAAACCAAAGAAGAAUGAUGAAAAGUCGAUGCUCAGCUUCAAUCUGUAAUGGGCAAUGUUUAAGAAAAACUGAUUAAGCCAGAAAUCUUGGUGUUGUCAUUGACUAAAUUGCAAUAGCCACAUUAAGACAAUUACAAAGUCAGCCUACUACCAUCCUUAGACUACAUCAAUGGUUAAGAACUUAUGUCUCAGCAGGAUUUGGAAAAACCUGUCCAUGCCUUUAUAUUCAGUAGACUUGACUACU